AUGUUCUGCCCAAAGAAAGAGGUCAAAUACGGAUAUUCUAGAGAAAGUUCCGGAGACGUUGCUCGUAUAAUAACUCCACCUAAACUCAAAAAGAUUCAUUUGACUCCCGUAAAUACAAAAUUUGUGAUCUAUGGAACCCGAGCUGAUAUAUUAAGUUGGAUGUUGGAAAAUGAGGAUAUGAUAGUAGAAUACAACUCAACAGAUAGUGGCGCUUUUUCACCACCCUCUUCCCCGCAUCUUUCGCCAAUACCAUCUCCAUUUCUUUCCGCGACAACGAAUGCUUCAACAGAAAUAUUAUCAUCAUCUCCCUCUUCUGUUUUAUCCACAUCCUCCACAAAAUCAAACUUAUCAUCUUCAACUAAUAAUUUAACUUUUGAUUUAUUCGGUCAACCCAUUCGAAACUCUCAAAUUCUGUCUGAUGAUUUGGUAUUCUAUCGCCCAUUGACUUUCGCAAUGAAUUAUCUCCCUUGGAUGGAUAUGACGUUAGAGAUUCGUCCGUCGGACCCUGUAAAAGAUGCAAGAUAUGAUCCAGUACGCAGAGUGAUCCUGAAAUCAGGGUUAACACUUGGCGAAAUAUCACAUGCAUUAGAUAAAAGCUGGAAAAAUCCACUUCCAGAUAACAUAAAUAAUUAUAUUCGUAAGUCAAAAUCUGCCUCAACCUCUGACGACGAAGAUGAACUUGAUGCUUUUGAGUCACAGCAAAAAUACCAUAAAUUUCUUGAAUGGAUGCCAAAAUCGUUCAUGAAACAGACCCUUCCCAUUGCUGAUUCGUGGUAUAGGAAAUUUGAGACGUCACCCGUACCACCACCAGGCGUAUUAACGCCAUAUGAUAUUAAGAUAGUUGACGAGGUAGAUGCCUCAAGGGAAAAGGUAAUGGACUCAAAGAAAGCGGAGGCUGAAAAAGACAAAGAAGAGGAGAUAGGAGAUUUACCAAAUUAUGAGAAUGCAUUCAAUGAUUUGUUAUUAGAACGAGGAUCAACUGUACGGAGACAUUAA